GAAAACAACACCCCCGCCCUCGCGACUAUGGCUGGAGGAAGGUUCUGCAAUGUCGCAGCAUAAUAGUGGAACAACUGUGUUGGUUAGUGACAUCUAUUUAACUUCUUUGGACCUAGUAAGAUCUAACGAACUAAAGGCGUUAAAGUGAGGAAUCAUUUCUGGAGAAGCGGCAGCCCUGUUGAUGCAGACUUUCUUAGAUCGGAGAAAUUUCUGGAGCUCACAUCUCUCUGCACAGCAGAUGACUUUUCGCAGGAACUGAAUUGGGCCGUUCAGGCUCUUCCGAUGAGCUGCUGCAUCUCUGGAGGAUAAUAAUACAGUGCUGGCCAUAUUUGCGGACGAGAGGGCGGGGACAGGUUGGCUGUCCUGCUGGUUAGUUACCACGGGCCAGCGGGAGAAGGCGAGAGGAUCUUUCAGGAAUGGAGGGUAGAAAGCCUCGGAUCUAAAAGCAACAGAACUUGUCUUUGAUCGGACAGAACCACCCAGUAUCCUAGGAAAGGUUUCCUUGCCCGUGCAAGCAACGGAGAGUGGGAAGUUGGUGUGGCUUUCCUUUGCUGAGGGGGGCGGGGGGGGGGACCGACCAAGAGAAGAUAACUGGUAUUUGAUCAAGAGAAGAUACUGCUAUCUGCGCGAAGGGUACGUGUCUGUGAGUGGGUGUCUUUCUCCCCAGGCUGCUCUGGUUUUACACCCACCUUACUCGCCUUCCCUGAAUCUUGGGCACCAUCGUGUGAAGUAUUCGGAAGAUGGGAGAGUCGGCCACCGCGUGAUGGAGGCUGCUCUUGCUGCCAUCGGGUUACAACAAGGCAGAGGGCUGCAAUGGAAGAGCGGGGGAGGCGAAGCUCGGAGACGACGAGAAGGGGCAGCAGGAGGUCGGUGCACCAAGCCCUGAGGAAGACAACAGCCUUUCUCCAGAGCCCAGGCUCGGCGCAAUUGCUUCUUUCCCAUUCCACUCCCCUCCAGCCCCACACCAGCUUCUGCGGAUGAGCGAGGGAGCCCUCCACCUCUCUUCUCGGAGGGUGCCAUGCCCCGUCGCGACUGCCAACUGAGGGAGAGAAAGGAGCCCUGAAGGGAAGGAAACAGGUGCCGCCAGCCAGCCUUCUCCUCCUGCGCGCACGCUGCCCGCUGCUGACUAGGUUCUCUCUCUCCUCUCUCUCUCUCUCUCUCUCAAGGAGACUGCCAGGCUGCGUACGGAGGCGAGAGGAAGCCCCGGGCUCUAAACUGGAGGAAAGCGAGGAGGGAGGAAGAGGGGAGCGUGUGGCGUUCACUGCCCACCCCAUCCCAGGGGAUUAUUAGCCGCCUUUUGGGGAGGAGGGUGGGGGAGAAUAAAGCAGGUCUUCCAAUCCCCGCCCUCUGGUCGGCGGCUCUCUCGCUGACAGGCCCUAGGCGGGCUGGGCUUGGCGGCCCCUGGAUUCAGCUGCCAUGUGCUGUGGCGGCCGCCUCUCCAGCGGCCUCCUUUGCUGGUCUAAAUGCUCCUAGGGGCGUCCUGGCUGUGCUCCUCCAAGGCGGCAGCCGCCGCCGCCGCCGAAAAGCGGGCAGCUGAGGAGAGGCGGCGGCGGCGAGCUGCUGCUGCCGGAGCAGCAGGAGGCGGCGGCAACAACGGCGAGGGACCACCACCAGCAGCAGCAGGAGCCGCUGCCGCCGCCGCCGGAGGGGCCAUGGACGAGUCGUCGCUGCUGGACCUCCUGGAGUGCUCCGUCUGCCUGGAGCGCCUGGACACGACGGCCAAGGUGCUUCCGUGCCAACACACGUUCUGCCGCCGCUGCCUGGAGAGCAUUGUCAGCUCCCGCCACGAGCUGCGCUGCCCGGAGUGCCGCAUCUUGGUGGGCUGCGGCGUGGACGAUCUGCCCGCCAAUAUCUUGCUCGUCCGCCUGCUGGACGGCAUUCGACAGAGACCCCGCGCCGCCGGUGUCGGAAGUGGCUGCGGCAACUGUGCCCCGGGUAGCCCCACUGCCCCGCGCAACGUGGGCACUACGGGCAACCACAGUGGGGGCAGCCCUGCAGGAGCAGGAGGGAGCAAUUCGGUUACCGCUGCUGGUGCUGCUACCCCUGGCUGUCACUCUGUGGCGGCUGCAGCUUCCCCUAGCUCGGCGGCAGCAGCUGUUGCUGCUUCAGCCGCUGCUAGCCUGAGGGAACUCGCCGCCGCCAGCCGGAGCGCCCUGCUUAAGAAUUCCUCUCAGCUUCCAUAUGGGAAAGCUCUCUAUGCUUACGAGGGGAAAGAACCAGGUGACCUCAAGUUCAACAAAGGAGACAUUAUUACACUGCGACGAAAAGUAGAUGAGAACUGGUAUCACGGGGAACUCAAUGGGAAUCAUGGAUUUUUCCCAGCAAGCUAUAUCCAGUGUAUCAAGCCUCUUCCACCAGCUCCACCUCAAGGCAAAGCACUUUAUGACUUUGAAAUAAAGGACAAGGAUCAAGACAAGGACUGUUUGACUUUUACUAAGGAUGAAAUUUUGACUGUCAUCAGGAGAGUAGAUGAUAAUUGGGCAGAAGGAAUGCUGGGAGAUAAGAUUGGAAUAUUUCCUAUCCUCUAUGUUGAGGAUUCUACCUUAGCUGGUUCUGCAACCAUGGCUGGACCCAGAACAAGUGCAAUAAUUGGAGAUCAGGGAACACCACCAAAGGUCCAGCUACCCCUCAACAUCUACUUAGCAUUAUAUGCAUACAAGCCUCAGAAGACGGAUGAGCUGGAGCUACGAAAGGGCGAAAUGUAUCGUGUUAUUGAGAAAUGUCAGGAUGGAUGGUUCAAAGGGACAUCUUUGAGAAAUGGCACAUCUGGAGUCUUUCCAGGCAAUUAUGUAACUCCUGUUUCCAGAGUUCCUGCAGGAGCUGGUCAGUCAAGGAGCAUUGCAGGAGGGUCUCCAACUGCGAAAAGUUCUCCAGGAGCUGCACACCCAGGAGGUCCAGCUCUUACAAACACUGCUACUGUUAUCCGACCAGCUGUUCCAAUCACUACCCCUCCCUCUCAGCCCCAGCUGCCUACAGCCUCCCCACAGAUGAAUAACUGUUCGAGGUAUUCCUCCCAGCAAACGGUUAUGCAGCCUCGCACUUCAGUACAAAUGGUGGUGCAUACUUCUGUGCAGGCACAGGACCGGCCCACAGCAACAGUUUCACCAUUGAGAACCCAGAAUUCUCCAUCCCGUCUCCCGGCAACUGUGGUCAGGCCACACUCAGUGGUUUCUCCACAGCAUAUCCAUCAUUCCCCUGUGCAUGUCAUUCCUGGAGCACAGUGUGCCAGGCCCAUCAUUCCUCUUACUUCAGCAGCAGCCGCUAUUACUCCUCCCAAUGUCACUGCCAUCAACCUGAAUGGAGAAAGCGGGCCCAUCAGCAGCAUCACAACCUGCAGUCCAACCAACACAGCCUGCAAAGCAGAAGAGAGGAAAAAUGAAAAGAAAGAAAAGAAAAGUGGACUGUUGAAACUUCUAGCAGGCGCAUCAGCAAAAAAGAAAUCCCGGUCUCCUCCAUCGAUGUCCCCAACCCAUGACCCCCUGGUGUUGAUGGAGGGUAUGCUGCAGGGUGCAGUGGGGCCUGAACUCUCUUCGCUCUCCAGCCAUGGAAGGGCAGGCUCAUGCCCGAUUGAAAGUGAAAUGCAAGGAACGAUGGAGAUGGAACCUCUGCACAGAAAAACAGGAUCCUUGGAUUUGAAUUUUUCUAUUCCUUCUCCUAUAAGGCAGCCACCACCUUCAAUGGCUGCCAUCCGUCCAGAACCCAAGCCAUUGUCUCGAGAAAGGUAUCGCGUUGUGGUUCCAUAUCCCCCGCAAAGCGAAGCUGAGAUUGAACUGAAGGAAGGUGACAUUGUGUUUGUCCACAAGAAAAGAGAAGAUGGCUGGUACAAAGGGACAUUACAGAGAAAUGGCAGGUCAGGCCUUUUCCCUGGAAGCUUUGUGGAGAGCUUCUGAGGGUUGCAUCCUGUACUUUCUGGACUCCAGGGACCUUUCAGAGGAAAUUCCAUAGCACAAAAAGCAACAGCAAAGGGAACUGUUCCUAAUAUCCACUGCCAUAAUAAGAACUGUAAUUAUUCUUUCCAAAGACUCCCCGGGCUCUUUGAUAUUUGGCCCUGGAGACGAGGUCUCUUGCUGUGCUUUCGAACCCAGGUACAGCGCAUACAGCAGUAUGUUGGAGUAGUGCCUUCCACUUGGAAUCAAAGACAGAGAGGACACAGUUCGAGUUGUAUCUAAGCGAAAAUCCAGCCGCUAUACUUUGUGUAAAUGAUAGAGAAAAUAUGUUUUAAAAAAUUAAGAAACUUGUUAUAUUGCUGUAAUUUAUUUGUCAGAGCUGCAGUGUUCUUAUUACUGGCCUAUGCAAGAGGGAUUGAAUUUCAAGAGGGGAACAAAGAAACCCUUGAACAAUGAACAUAUUUGUUUCCCCAUAUGGGAAGAAGGGAGCAUAUGGAGGAAAUAAUACCCAAUUAAAGUUGCACAUUGUCCAGCCAGCCAGAAUUAGGAGCCCAAGACAUUACUGUCAUUCUUUUUUAUAUGCCUCAAAAAUAUUCUUCAUGAGAAGACCAGUCAGAGCCUGCUCUUACAUCUUGGGUGCACGGUGGCCAUAGGAAAAGCUUGGAGCUGGCAACUGCCAGCCUGAGAUGCAUUAAUCAUGUACAUCUGCUGCCAUACAUAGAAUUCAACUUUCAAUACUGGGAAGAGGACUUUCCCAUUGCUUCUCAACAUGUUCUGAAAAGGAAUGCUAUGUGUGUCACAUGAUUCGUUCAGCUCAGACAAAAGGGUGCCACAUGCUUUUUCUAUGGCCACCACAUGUCCAAAAGGUUUGUGAAUAGCCCUUCAGUUCCAUCAGUGAUCAAACAUGUUAUUUGGAGAGCCACAAAUGUGAUAUACUGGACUGACCCUUGACAGCUAGGAGUUUCUAUGACGUUUUGGUUAGCUGAGAAGUCUUUUUACCCAACUUUCUUGCAGCAUUCUAAUGUUUAUCGUUGCUUUAUUUUUUUGGUAUUUCAGAUAGGAAAGCUUUUUUGUAAAAUAUGUUUUUCUAAUGCAACAAACAUUAUACAUUGCAUAUUCCAUAUAGAUAAGGAAAUUCUUCUUUUGCAAACAUAUGGCACUACUUUUUUUUAAAGACAGUUCAGAUUUGGUUUAGCAUACCAGAAAUAACUGUUACCAUCUUUAUUAAACAUGCAAGAGAUCUUACUGUUGCCAUAUAGUGCUGAAGGUGAUUCUGGGCCAGGGUCCAGAGAGAGGAUCACAUGAGGAAAAGAUAAUACUAGCAGUGCAGUUCUGCAUAUGGAUGUGCAGGCCCUGUACAAGCACAGUUAAUUGUGUGACACUGGCUUCUGAGUAAGGAAGGAGUGCUCUGGAAGGAGGCAUCUUGACUUCUCUCGUGAAAGUUGGUUGCACAAGGAAAAUAUUUGCUCUGUAUGUAGAAAAGAAUCCCUGGAUUCUGAUCAACAACUGUUGUGGGCUAUGCCCAUCCCCAAGAGCAAGAAAGACCCAAUUGGGUUGGAUCCAAAGAAGCAUGAGCUCAGUGAAACUAGCCACUAGUGCCAUUCUGCAAAUGCUUGUUCAAAAUAUCACAUAGUGCUAGAAUAGGGAGGUUCUGUAGUUGUUCUCAUGCUUCCAGUCAAACAAGAAUAUCUGUGGAUUUAGUUUCACUCUUCUUGUGCAGUGUUUCAGCACGAGAUGUAAAACAGUCCCUCCAUGAACAGAUGUUGUUGGAUGUCAGAGGAGGAAACUUCUCACAAAUGACUGGUAAAUGACUGGUCACAAGGGACUGGUAAACAGGAAGCUGAAAGGGAAAGUCCGGAGAGUCAUAUCACUCCAGAAAGCAUAGAACCUCUUUAAAACCACAAUAAUAGAAGCUCAGUUGGAAUGUAUACUGCAGGCCAGUUAGCUUAAUCUGUGCCAAGUAAAUUGAUGGAAAGCAUACUUAAGCACAAAAUUGUUAAACAUAUAGAAGAACAGGCUUUGCUGAAGGAGAACCAGCAUCUGCAAGGGCAAGUCUUGCCUCACUAGCCUUUUGGAGUUAUUUGAAAGUGUCAACAUGCAUGUGGAUAAAGGUGAUCUGGUUGACACAGUAUACUUGGACUUCCAAAAAGCUUUUGACAGAGUUCCCCACUAGAGGCUCUUGAGGAAACUUAGCAGUCAUGGGAUAAGGGGACAGGUUCAUGUGUGGAUUGGUAACUGGUUGAAGGACAGGAAACAGAGAGUAGAAGUAAAUGGACGGUCUUCACAAUGGAGGGAAAUAAGAAGUGGGGUCCCCCAGGGAUCAGUACUGGGACCAGUGCUCUUUAACUUGUUCAUAAAUGAUCUAAAAGUUGGGGUUGGUAGCAAUAUGGACAGAUUUUCAGAUGACACUAAACUAUUUAGGGUAGUGAAAUCCAAAACAGAUUAUAGGGAUCUCCAAAAAGGGUCUCACCAAAUUGGGUGAAUGGGCGAUAAAAUGGCAAAUGUUAUACGAUAAUACGAUAAAUCUUUAUUGUCAUUGUCCUGUACAGAACAACGAGAUUGAAAGAAUCUACAGCAACCUCUACAGGACCUAACAAGAAAUAACUAAAUAUAUCCCAAUAUACCGCCCCCCCCACCCAUAUACGCAUUGCUCUUACAAAACCUCUAAAAAACUGAAAACAAAAACCCCAUCAGAAACUGUAUUUUGCUGCGUUCAGAGCUAACACCGCUUUUGGAUAGAAACUAUUUCUCAAGCGGCUGGUCCUGGCUUUUAUCACCCUGUACCUCCUUCUCGAAGGCAGAAGAGUGUAAAGAGUUAUACAGUGCAAGCAAGUGUAAAGUGGUGCAUAUUGGGGCAAAAAUGCCCAAUUUUAUAUAUACACUGAUGGGGCCUGACCUGUCAGUGAUUGACCAGGAGAGAGAUCUUGGGGUCGUGGCGGACAGCUCGUUGACUCAGUGUGAGGAAGCUGUGAAAUAGGCCAAUUCCAAGCUAGGGAUCAUUAGAAAUGGGGUUGGGGUUAUAAUAUUAGUAUUAUAUUAUAAUGCCCUUAUAAUACCCUUAUACAACUCUAUGGUGUGGCCACAUUUGGAGUACUGCAUACAAUUUUGGUCACCGUAUUUUAAGGAGAACAUUGUAGAACUAGAAAAGGUGCAGAAGAGGGCAACCAAGGGCCUGGAGCACCUUCCUUAUGAGACAAGGCUACUGUAUCUGGGGGGUUUUAGUUUGGAAAAGAGGUGACUACAGGGAGACAUGAUAGAGGUGUAUAAAAUUAUGUAUGGAGUUGAGAGAGUGGAAAGAGAGAAAAUUUUCUCCCUCUCUCACAACACUAGGACCAGUGGUCAUCACAUGAAACUGAAGACUGGGAAAUUUAAGAACAACAAAAGGAAGUACUUUUUCACACAGUACAUAAUCUAUAGGAUUGUCUGCCACAGGAUGUGGCAGUGAUGGCCACUAGCUUGGAUGGCUUUAAAAGGGGCUUAGACAAAUUCAUGGAGGACAGGUAUAUCAAUGGUUACUAGUCUGAUGGCUAAUCAGACUAACCUCAGCCUCAGCAGCAAGAUACCUCUAAAUACCUGCAGAGGAACAACAGCAGGAGAGAGGGCAUGCCCCCACCUUUUCCCUUUGGGCUUCUCAGAGACAUCUGGUGGGCCACUGUGUUUAACAGGAUGCUUGACUAGAUAGGCUUUGAGCCUAAUCCAGCAGGACCAUCCUUGUGUUCUUAUGAUGUCUUCUGCAUGGAGAAGGGAACCUUUGGCUCAAAUCCAUUAUCUUUUAUUGAAUAAACCUCUCCUGGUAAACACACAUGCUUACAUACUCCAUACUCCAACUGUUGUAUUAAAAGAUAGUACUCUGUGUAUUCUGUAUCACAUUGUAGCAUAACAGAUUUCUGAAGAUCAAAUCCUUUUCCUGCUUGCUACAUGCAACCAGAUUUGCGGGGUGUGUGUGUAUGUGUGAUCUUAUGGGAUGUUGUUAGAUACAAUGGCCAGUCCAUCACACACAAACAGAUUGUAUCAGAAGCCUCUUCAAAGCACACUUUUCUGUCUAGACAGUGAUCAUUACUGAAGAUUUGGGAGCUUUUCCAAGAGGAUUCAUUUUAAUUGACUUCUACAUGGCAAUAAAAAGAACACUGCAGGUUUCCACAAGCACAGAACAUUGGAAGUUUUUCUUUCUCUCUGUCUUAACUUCAGAGAGAAGAUGGCUGUAAUUACCACUUUCAACAUGUGAUUUGUUACUGUAGAAAUGUAUCAUUCUGAACAAUGUUUGGUUUGCUAUUCUUGGUCAAGCUACAUAAUAAAAUAUCUCAGGCAAUAGAAAUUUCCAGCUACCAGGAACUUCAAGGUGCAAUAAAUAGGAUGCAAGAAAAUAAAACUGUAAUAAGUCAA